AUUCGAUUGAAUUCUAACCUGCCAGGUGGCGGAGUACAGGUGAACCAGUACAAUCACCGUAUCUGAUAACCCAUCCGAUUGUUUCAUGAAUAAUGUCGAGGAACUACGGAAACACAAACACGUCCAUUCAGUCGUAGCGAUGCCGGUCGCGCCUUGGUCCCCCGUGUCCAAAAUCUGAGACUUUAGACGAAACGCAACUCGUGAAAAAACUCGCUGAAGAUUCCAUAUCAACAAAAAUGUCAACAAAUCGCUUUCACAGGGCGGCCAAAGAUGGCAUGGUCGAUGUCCUCAAAGAAGCGACUAGGAAAGAGUGCAAUAGCAAGGAUGAACAAGGUAUGACCCCGACCUUAUACGCAGCUUUUUAUGGACACCUGGACGCCUUGAGAAUUCUAUGCGGAAGGGGCGGAAAUCCAAACAAAGCCGAUCUCUUCGGAAACACAGCCCUACACCUCGCGGCUGCGCAAGGUCACAAGCACAUCGUCACAUUUCUGGUGAAUUUUGACGCCAACAUAUACUGCACCGACAUAGACGGCAGAACUGCGCAGGAAUUGGCCGGGAUGAACAACAAAGAAGACAUCAUGCGAUUUCUCGAUGAGGUAUUGACGAAGAUCGAAGCUGGGGAUCACAAGAAAGCUAAGGCUAUGAAGGAGAAGGCCAAAAAAGAUUCAGAAAAACGGAUAAAGGCUUACCAAAAAAUACAGCUGAAAAAUGAGCAAAUCCAAGAGAGGCUGGGGAAAAAAACGCUAAAAUCACAAAAACCAUCCGUUAUAGAGAGUCUAAAGAGCAGAAUGAAAAGCGGAUCGAUGUCCAAUCUUACCCAAAUUGGUGCAGAAGCUCCGAGAAACAGUUUUAGUGCCCUCGUCAGCGGAAAUACGAUAUCUGCUAAGAACCGAAGCACCCUCCAAAGAAAAUUGCUCAACAGGAAUAACAAGCUGGCGAUCGACGAUGAUUUCAAGGUCAGUGAAAUAGAAGAUGGAAAAAGAACGAUAAGCUCGAUUAAAGGUUACAGAAGAGACUCAGAAAUACUUUACAGUGGUACUUUAGAACCGACAAGACGUGGUAAACUAGAUGGAGUUUUCAACGAAGCUGAACAGGUGAAUAGAAGGAACAACAACGCUCCACCGCCUAGCAAUGGCAUGUCCAGGAGCCUGUCGCAACCUGACUUCAUGCAGCAGUUAAGGGAGGAGGGUUUGCAGAAGGUGAACCAAGAACCAGCGAGUAUAUUCGUCCGUCCAGGCAUAGGAAGCAUAGCAUUCAGGAAAAGCAUCAGCAACACAUUUUCUGGUUUCAACGGACCGGAAAUAACAACUACAGAAGAAAGCUCAAUUGGUUCUGGUGAUAGCAAUUAUGGUCAACGAAACUUGAUUACAAUGGAAGACGAAUUAUCGGAUGUUGAGUCCAGUGAAGACGACAACCCUAACGGGCCGCUAGAGAGGUUCCUCACAGCUUGGGGACUAAGUGAAUAUUUGCCCAAAUUCGAGGAUCAAAAGAUCGAUUUAGAAACCCUGAUGUUAUUGACGGAAAGCGACCUUAAAACUCUCAAUUUACCCCUUGGUCCUCACAGAAAAUUGGUAACCGCUAUCAAUGAGAGGAAAUCAGCUUUGGAGAACCCAGGAGAGGUCGUCGACAGCAUGCUGUAGAAGAUGGAUUUUAUGUACCUUCAUGCACUUAUUUGAAAUUAUUUAUUUUAUACUGUAAAAAUUAAAUUCCAUGGAUAAUGUAAGGAUGAAUUUUAAUAAAGUCUAAACUAA